GGAAUCUAUGAUGAAUAAAUCACAGUGAUUAAGAGGAAAUAGAAUGUCAAAAAUGAAAUUUCUCUCAAUUCUUAUGAUUGACCAUACAUUUUAUAAUGGUAUUUACUGUUGUUAACAAUCUUAAUAGCCAACAUUUAGAUUGAAGAAUUGUUUUAUUAAGCUCAACACUUAGCAAAAUAAAUAAAUGCGUCAACUGAAGAUUGCCUUUGGACUCUUCUUAUUGUUUCAUCUUUCAAAAUGUUGUGUAUUUCCUCGUGAUGAAGAUGAAUUUCGAACUACAUGUCAACUGAUUGAAUCUCGUCACUUCAUUUGCGAGGAGCAUAAAGUAGUUACUGAAGACGGUUAUAUAUUGACUUUACAUCGAAUCGUUCACCCAAAUGCUUCAUCAGCUCAUCUUGAACCAGUCCUUCUUGGUCAUGGAUUAGGUGCUUCAUCAUCAUGUUGGAUAUUUGCUGCUCCAGGAGGCGAUGCUAAACCAAUUGGGACGCAAUCAUUUAAAGGAUCCGAAGAAAACAAUUUAGGUUUUGUUUUAGCCAACCAAGGAUGGGACACUUGGCUUGCAAAUUUCCGUGGAACCAGAUAUUCACAGCAACACGUUAAACUUAAUAAUGGUCCAGGUAAAUAUUGGCGAUUCUCAUUUGAUGAGAUGAUUAAAUACGACACACCGGCUUUCAUCCAUUUCAUUUUAAAUAAAACUGGACGAGCUACUUUGGCUUAUAUUGGUCAUUCCCAAGGAACAACAAUCAUGACAGGAUUCUUGUCCACAAACCCUGGAUAUGGCAAAGUUAUUAAACCUUAUAUUGCUUUGGCUCCUGUUGCUUAUGUUGAAAAUACUUCAGCGGCUAUUAGACUUCUUGCCGACAUUCCUAAUGCAGUUUCUUUGUUGUCUCUUUAUGAUGGGCCAGUUGAUAAAGAUCAUGCAUUGAUCAAGCUUAUCUCUUCAUUGGCUUGCAAUCCUUUGGAUUCACUGUGUUCUGGGUUUUUCUUGUUAUUUGGAGGAAUCAAUCCAAAUUCUUUAAAUGGACGAGUCUAUGUUUAUAUUAGACAGCAGGAUACAGUUUCUUCUCAAGAUUUAGUCCAUUAUGGUCAAAACAUUGCUGAUAGAAAUUUUGAAUUCUACAAUCCUAAUCCAGUUGGAAUACUUUCACCAGUUGGUUUGAUUAGCAUUUUAACUCCAAUAUCUAUGACAAGUUUACAACCAAAAGUGGCAGCUUAUCCGUUAGAGGAUAUUAUUUCAUUGGAUAUUCAUCUGAUUGCUUCAUGUAACGACUACUUAGCCGUAUCUGAAGAUAUUGAUAGACUGGUCAGAAAAUUAAAAGUUAAACCAAAGCUACAUUGUUAUUUGAAAGAUCUACUCUGGAAUCAUUUCGAUUUUUUAAUAGCUUGUGAUUUAUGGAAAUUGAAUGGUUUAGUUGUCGAUAUUUUAGAGAGCUAUCGGACUGGUCAUUGGAAAAGUAGCCUUGGAUAUUCCAGUAAAGAGGAAGAAAUUGAAUCACUUUGUCGGUCCUCUUGUCCUGCAACAAACACAAUAACCAAUAUCUUUGGAUCAAAUACUCCAAGAAUUGUUGAUGGAUUGAAUGAUGUUCUUGGUGGUCUUGGAUCGAGUGUUUUACGCUCUGCAAAUCUCAAAACAUUAACAUCAGCAAUAGCACCAGCUCUGGCGAUCUUCUAGACCAAUCAUAGGUACUUGAUUUAUGACGUUUUCACGAGUUAUUAUUAUAUAAUGUCAACUGGAUUAAAUUUCAUCCACAGGUUAUUUAUUAAUAACUUUGAUCAUAUUUACGUACUUAUUAUCAAUUGUUUCGUAUAUUUUAUAUAAAUUUGAGAAAUUUCAAUUGUAAAUCAAAGUU